AUGUCAAAGCUUGAUAAAGUAUUUAAUGCUAUUUGGAAAACUGCUACCACUGCUAUGGUCGGUUUUACUGUAGCAUGUUUUGCUGCUGUUGGAUGGGAAACUAAGAACUUUAUUCAAAACUUCUCAACUUGGUCCGAAAAGAGAAAACAAAGAGAAGCAAUAGCUAAGGAAAUUAUGUCGGAGUAUAAUGAAGAAGACCAAAGAGACAGGGAUUUGGAAAGAAUUAUUGGAAUUGCACCAAAGGAUGAAACUAUUGCAAAUAUUUCUGCCAUUGAGAGUAGUGUCAAGUCAGACAGUAAAUUGGAGUAA